AUGGCCUCCACUGACCUGUGGUACCGCCGCUUCAAACGGUCGGAUGAAGAUGACGAGGAUCUGCUAGCUGAUACGGCCUUUCGAGAGGCCAAUUUCAAGGAUUUCUUCGGGCAAUGGCUACAGAGGGGUCAAAACGCAAAUGUCAAUAGCUUUGACGAGAUUAUGAUGGAGUUUUGGAAGGAUUCGCAGGAAACCCCGCCGAAAAACUCGUUUAACAUCUUCUGUGCUGCAGAUGGAGGGUUUAUCCAGUGGGUCCCAGAGAAGAGCAGCUGGCUCAGCCAAGAAGUUCGGUUUGUUGCAUUCAUCUCGAGUGAUGACCAGCCUUUCCAAGACCGGAGCGAUAAGUCGUGGACUCUAUGCAUUGUUGGGUCAAGUGCUCUGAAAAGCACAACAGCUUUUCUCCAGGUCGCCAGUUGGGAUACGAAAACAUUUCGAUUCUACGAACGGAAUCCCGUUCAGAACAAUCAAUUCCAAACACCUGAUGGCUACAACCGUAUUGGCUGGAUCUUUCAGGGGAUGUCUACAAAUGCCUUCGAGCAAGAGACUGCCUACCUCGGCCCCUGGAAUGGUCAUGUCAAUGGAGCUCUAGUAAUGAAGGAGCUGCAUAAACCAUGGCUACACUGGAUCACCGACAAUAAUAAUUUCGUGACAAGGUUGUCCGACAAGAAUCAGGAGGAUUUCUUGGCCGCUCCCUACCUAACUGAUCAAUCCGCUAAAACGAUCUUCUCCGGAGUUUCCAGCGCAGAAAGUAUGGAGAUAAUCGUUGAAAACGGCGUGAGCAAGUGGUACAAUCAGCGCAGGGCCAUGGAUUUCCUGGAUUCAGCCAAGAAGCCGCUGAAUCGUCCUUCGAAUGUAAAGAGAUGGAUGUCUCAUCUUCUUCUCACUACUACAACAAACAUCGUGCCCGCUUCGUCACUUAAUGAGCAAUCCUUCGCGCCUGCUAACCACUUCUAUGACGAGGAGAUGUUAAGUCAGUAUUCCAAGACGGGUCUUAUGGAAGGAAUUGAUAUUCCCGAUUUCCUCUUCAGGCCAACAGACUAUGACAAAGCUUCCCAGAAGCUAGGGCUCGCCUUGUUGCAAGAUGUCGAAGGACCUGCUCCGCCAGGGUAUACCCUUUUAAGUCUGCCAGAGGGUACUCUAGGGGGUGGUAAGAUUACUGGCUCAUACGAUACCACUGCCUUUAUAGAAUUGCAGACAGGUGAAGGUGAGGGUGGCAUGUUUACCAUUCUUCAGCCUUCCUACGAAGACGCACAGGGAGUGCUCAAGAUGCAGAGUAUCAAACCCGGAAUCGGUCUAGUCAGCGCCGCAACCUUCAACGCGUUGAUGAUGGUGGAUUUCUGGAAUCCAAUCUACUCGUGGCGGCGAGGAGUGCUGAUGCAAUAUCUCCCGGAGCAGACCUCGUAUGACUCUGCGAGUAAAACAUAUGAUCUGGAAAGCCAGCUUAUUGCUAACGUGAAGAAGUCUCAUUCCUUCAAAAGUGGAGACACUGAGAGCCCUGAACAUCAGUUCAUAUCUCUGUUAGAUGUGAAGCUGGAAGAUAUGAGAUCCAGGAUCAAGAGAUACUUCGACAACGUUGUAACUCGGUUGAACACCCUCGAUGGCAUGAUCGACUACCUGACUUUGGCCGAGUCUCGACGAAGGAUAUUUCGACCCGUCCCCUUGAAUGAAUUUGGCCCAACUUUGCCAUACGCCGUAAAAUACGGUCACGAGCAAGGAGCACGGUUCGAGAUGACGGAGAACGGAGAGAUCCAACCUAUGGAUGCACGAGGUUUGCGCUUUUUCUACAAACUGACAGGUACGCAGGGUAAAGGGUCGCUGGCCGGGUUCGAUCCCAGCAUCAUUCCGGAGGCCGACGACGCUGCAACCGAUGAGCCAACGAUGCUUACUAGUGUGGCUAUAAUGGAUUCUUCUAUGUCUCAUACUCCGGCAUUCAUGCCGCACAAGAAGAGCCUCUGCCCAUUCAGGCGGGCGCACGCUGCAGAGAGGGGCAACAGCAAUAUUUCCCUGCACAAUCUGCCAGGCCCAGGGCCUACACAUGACGAUGACGGCUGCCACUAG